AUGUCCGACCUGGAAAAGCGAGCCUCUCGCAGUGGCUCUCAAAGCCAAGUUGAAGAUGUGAACAACAACAUUCUGGCUCAGGCUGAUGCGCCUAUCAACUACGACAGUGAUGGCAUCAAGGGAAUUGUGCGCUCGCCAUACGUGCUAGGUGCCGCGCUGCUUGCCUCUUUCGGCGGCUUCUCGUUUGGCUAUGACCAGGGUGUCAUCUCCAUCAUCCUCGUCAUGCCACAGUUUCACGAGUGGUUUCCCGAGACUGCCCCAGGCGGCCCCAGAUAUGGCUUCUACACCGGCUUCAUGACCGGCAUGCUCGAGUUCGGAGCAUUCAUCGGCUGCCUUUUCCUCCCGUAUCUCGCCGACAAGAUCUCUCGCAAGUGGGCUCUGACUAUUGCAACGUUCUUCUUCUGCGUAGGCGCCAUCAUCCAAACCGCUGCUCACAACUACGGAACACUUGUGGCGGGCCGCACCAUUGGUGGCGUUGGAGUCGGAACUCUGGCAAUGGGUGCGCCGCUCUACAUCUCAGAAAUUGCGCCCCCGAACCUUCGCGGCUCUCUCCUCGUACUCGAGUCUAUCAGCAUCGUGAUCGGUGCCAUCAUUGCUUAUUGGAUCACAUUUGCAACAAGGCACAUGGAUGGAGAAUGGGCUUUCAGACUGCCUUUUGCUCUGCAAAUGGCCCCGGCCCUGAUGGUUGGUCUUGGAAUCCACUUCUUCCCUUUCUCGCCUCGCUGGCUUGCCAUGGUGGGUCGUGAUGAAGACAGUCUGGGGUCUCUGACCAAAUUGCGCCGUGUUCCACCAACAGACGAGCGUGUCCAGGCCGAGUGGAAAGGAAUCCUGUCUGAAGUUCGCUUCCAGCAGGCCAUGCUGGCUCGGGAGCACCCGAGCUCCAACGCUUUCACGGCAGAGUUGAACCAGUGGGCAGACCUGUUCAAGCCCAGAUACCUGAAGCGCACAACUAUUGCCCUUGGCAUUCCAUUUUUCCAACAGUUCAGUGGGAUCAACGCGUUUGUGUACUACGCGCCAACGUUCUUCGCCGCCUUGGGACAAAAGGGAGACAUGCCCCUUAUUCUCUCCGGCAUGGUCAACAUCUGCCAGCUUGUUGCCGGUAUCCCCACGUUCCUUUUCCUAGAUCAAGUUGGUCGCAGAAAGCUCGCCAUUGGUGGUGGUUUUGCGAUGGCUGUUCCCCACCUGAUCAUGGCUGGGGUUGUCGGCAAGUUCAGCUCGUCGUGGGAUGAGCACCCCGCAAUGGGCUGGUUCGGUGUCGCCCUCAUCUGCAAGUUGAUCUGGUUGAUAACCGCGUUUCGACAUCAUACUCACGUGCUGACUUGGUGCUCCUUUAGUUACGGCCCUCUUGCCUGGACGUUGCCUGCCGAGGUCUUUCCUAACUCCAAACGCGCCAAGGGCGUUGGCGCUGCGACUGCCAUGAUCUGGCUGGCUAAUUUCAUCAUCGGCGUCUGCGUACCGGAGAUGGUCAUUAAGCUUGGAUGGGGCACCUAUCUGUUCUUCGGAUUGUUCUGUGUUGCUGCAGGUGUCUUUUCCUUCUUCUUGGUGCCCGAGACCGCCCACAAGUCUCUCGAACAGAUUUCUGAGCUGUUUGGUGAUAAUAGCGUGGUCGAGGAGCAGGACAUCCGCCGCCGCAUCAUCGAAGAAGUCUGGACCGACCCCAAGUACAACUCGGCCACUGUAACUGAUUUCGUCGGUUACUGGAAUACAGAAAAACAUCUUAGAUGCGACGGCGACAUCCCAUGCUCUCACUGCAAGAAGUCAGAGUCCCAGUGUACGCGAGUGAACAACAAGUUCAGGUUCAAAAGAGUAGUUACGACUGAGAAACGAUUUUCCUUCGACGUCGAUCAGCCUUGGUUACAGACGACCCCGGACACUUUCCAGGCUCGACCUCUCGCUAUUGUCGAUGAAUCCAGAAUUCCAUCAGAAGAUACGCCCUCGAAACUGAAGCAUGCAUCAACAGCACCGAUUUCCGAUAUCAUUUCUCAAAAUGGAGAAGCAAACAACCAACACGAUGACCAGAUUCACGACCAAAUAACUGUUGCGGCGGAACUACUGCAGUCCAUCUCACAAAGAGAACACAGUAAUCCAUCCGAGCCCAUCGGCACGUCGAGAGUUCCAUCCCAUCAAUCUCGACUUCGAACGAAUCAGUCGCCCCCAAGAGGAGAAACAACCCCUGACGAUAUUCCUCAAAUAGCGUUUGAAGAUGCCAUUGAUCCCAAUCUCGCUGCUACUCCAGCAGCCUCUUCUACGAUAGACACCCCAUACUCUGGAUUUUCAGCUCCCAGCCCGUCGGUUCCACGGUCGAUACCAGAUGGAUGGGGUCGAAGGACUCCCGACACUGGAGGCAGCAGAUUGAGCGUACUCUCCCAGCAAUGGCAACUACCUCUAGGAGAUAACCGCGGACGAUCAUCUUCGGUAUCGAGAAGCCUGGGUGGAGACUUGCAUGUUGGUCUUCAAGAAGGUUGUCUUAUUCGUUGCUUCAUAGAACAUUUGGCUGCAGCUGUAAGUUGGAUACUCGAUGCUGGACGAAUUGGUCAGAUACUUCUAUCCCCUGACUUUGCUAACAGCUUCCAUAUUCCGCAACGAGCUAUGCAUAACCCAUUGCUGAUGAACGCAAUAUGUACCGCAUCGGCCAGGUUUCUCACACAGAUCUGGUCAAAGAAGCCGCCAAAUCAGGUUAUAGAGUUUAAUGGGAUUCCUCUCCCGGAUUUAGACAAAGAGUCGGCUAUACACUAUCACAGCAAGUCCAUCUCCUAUCUGAUGGACACUUCGACUGAUCCUGCAAACCCGUGUACGGACGAUGCAUUGACUGCUAUUACGAUUCUACGAUAUCAUGAACAAGUAGACACGCAUCUUACCGGAACCGAUCACGAAACCUACAUCAAUGCUGUCCAAGCUGUCUUCCAUGCUCAACAGGAGGAGACAAUCGGACUCUUUAGCAUCGUAUAUCACCCUCCCCGCGGUCUCGACAUAUAUGCGCCGACUAUGCCCUCUUUACGACAUUCUGCAACUCUAAUUGCCCUCCGCCAAGAAAUAUGGUCUGUUCUUCUCUAUCGAAGGCCAUUUCGAUUACCCCUCUACGGAACCGAGGACUGCUCCUUGUUCGACCCCGAUUCCGUUGCCGACGACUUCGACUGGGCGAAUCGUAUUCUGGUCUGGUGCGCAUACGUCGUAAAGUUCUGCUUCGGUGCGAAUUCCGAGGGCACUGUUGAGACUGAAGAUCCGAAAGUACGAGCCGAUCAAUGGAAAGCCAUCGAGGCCUUUCAGCAUAACUGGGACACGCACCAGCCACCUCACUUCAAGCCCCUUGCCUACCAAGAGCGAAACCCGGAAAGGGGGGAGUACUUUCCCACAGUAUGGCAUGCCAAUGAUUGUCAGGUGCUGGCCCUCCAGCACAUUGAACUCAUGCGAAUCGUCUUGGCUGUGCACGGAGCCAAGAACCAACGGCUAGGCAUUGGCGCGCAAGCUGCAAACCAGGUACUGGAGGAGACUCUGAGGGAGUCGACCAGGAAGAUUUGCGGUUUAGCUAUAUCAAAUCGCAAGGAUCAACCAUCAAUGGUCACAGCUGGAGUUGGUGUGUCAUUGUGUGGGGAGUACUUCCGUGACGAGGGGGAACAGAAAGCUGUCGUCGGCUUCAUGGAUAUGCUUGAGACAAUGCAUGCCUGGCCUACAAGCUCAGUGGUAGAUGCUUUGAGAACGGCCUGGAGCACGCAUACCAAGGCUUAA